AUGCUGUUUUUCAUAGGAAACAUCAAGGCUGGGCGCAGCCGUCACAUUUUCGGCCGAACAAAGAAGCCGAAAGAUGCAUCCCUCCAAAAGACGAAAUCGCCACUUGCCAACAAUCACUUGAACAAAGGGGCUCGUUACAUCAACGUCCCAAGUGUUGAACCUCUAGCCAGCGAAUCGUCAACGCAACGGGAAAACCUGGCUCCUUCGGUCGUGGCUGUAGUGCCCAACGUACCCGCCAAGGAAGAGGAUCCCCUCAGACUAUCCGAAACUGCGUUAUCUCUGAGCUCCACAAAACAUUUUAAGAGUAAAGUGCGCCCUUCCAGUUCCGAAACUGACGAGUUGGCAAAAUCGCCGGAGCUUGAACUUCUGAACACCGUUGCUCCUUCGCCGAUACCACCUAACAUGCACAGCGAAUCCAUCGAUGGUGAUUUUCCAACGCCGGAAGAGCUUCCAGUCACGACAGUGCUCCCUAAAAGCAAGCAUCUCCCCGUGAGAACGUCUCCCCCAACCUUUCCCUUGCCCAGGAAACUUCCAACCAAAAAAUACUCCGGAGAUUUUCCAGAUUCGUUGUUGGGCUCCUCUAAAUGGAACUUAUCGAGUCUUGACACAGCUCAUGAAAUCCCGAACGGCGACUCUACUGCAACCUUCCCUCGACCGAAGAAACUUCCUCAGAAAAUCCAUGCAUUAGUGUUCCCUAGACCUAAGGACAUCAAGAAGAACAAGGCGAAAAAAGGCUUCCCCAGACCUGAGCAUCUUCCUAGGAAAAACAAUUUGUCCGCUUUCCCCAGACCGAAGAAGACAUCUGCUAAAAAGAUCUUCACGGAGGUCCCAACACCAAAGAAGCUACCUAUUCAGAAAAUCUCUAAUUUCCCUAGACCUGACAACGUCGAAGAGAACGUAACUACUGACUCUGCUGAGUUACCCACAGAGACAAUUCCUGCUCCUUCAGACUUCCCUGAUUCUAGAGAUGGCCCCGUUAUCGAGCCGUCUAUUGAUCUAACUAGAAGCAGCUCAAUACCCCAAAAGAAGACAGAACCAUCAAGAAGUGAUAUCCCUGAAAAGGAUCCCGACGUUGUUGAAAAGGAUCCUGACGUUGGAGAAAAGGAAUUGGAGGAGUUGUCUUUUAGUGAACUCCCCAAACCAGAUCAUCCUAGUUUGAAGCCCUCAGUUUUCAAGCGUCCGGGUUCGAGUAAAAUAGUCGCACACCCUGAUUUUGUUCAUUCGAUACUUUCAUCAGGAGGUGGAGGUGUAGCCAUACUUCUUCCGUCGAAUUCUUCAAGUAAUGAGAACGACUCUCCUUCGCAAAUCAGACCAAUCGUCAUAAAUGUGCCUAAUCCCCAUCAAACUCCUCUGAAUGUGACGAUAACUCGGCAAACAGUACACAGGUACAAAAAAACUCAUCGAAAAAAUGAUAAACCAGACGAACUGGAGAGUCAGACAACGUCUUUCAACAAGAAACAGACAAAAUCAGCUUGGAAGGUUAGGAUGGUUCCCAAGUCGUCGCUGAAACCCAGAACUGAGUCACUUCCUGAACCUCUGCCUGUGGAGGAACCUUCACUCGAAACCUCAACUGAGCAAUCAUCCAUUGAGUCUGUACUCGAGCCGAUAGCUUCAGAGUCGAUCAGUGAACCUCCUGUCGAGAUAUCGCAACCCGCCGAUGAGGUUUUUGUACCAGUGGAGACGACUACCGCUUGGGAGUACGUGACGGCACCAGGGGAACCAACAGCUUCCCCAGAAUUAUUGAAAGCUUAUGCUGCACUUGACAGUCUUCUGAUCAGUAAAGACAGACUGUCUUCGGACGAAGGAAUCAAAACUGUAGUUACGGAGCGGUCACCGCAGGAUGGAGUGUCGCUGGAGGAUGGACCGGGUGUUGAGGGAACGGAUAUCGCUCCAAAUCCUGCUUCGGAAGUUGUCGAACCGCAAUUGGGUGAGAUUUUCCAUAUUUUUCGUGGCAUUCACAAGUUGACUAAUCUGUUUUGUCGCUUUUUACACUAA